AUGACCUACAUGCUUUGCAAUGAUAUGAUUCAGUUCACUUUACAGCCUCCUUAUACAGGGUUGUAUGAAGUUCUAAAAUGUGACACACAUAUGCUUGAAAUACUAAUGAAUGGAAGAUGCAAUAUAGCUUCUAUCAAUAGAGAUGACCCGUCCAUUGACAACACUUCAAAUUCCUCCAUCCAACAGGCGGUCUGGACCAGACACGCCAUGGCUGUCAAUGACUUCAUAGUACAACUUGACAUCAAAGCCUUCUGUUCCAAUGACCUUAGUAUCAAACUUUUUGAAAAGUUCCUGCUCAUUGGAGGUCAACAUCCUGAAUACGGUGCUGGGAAUGGUUUCAUUAGGCAGCAUUUCACACGCUCCUAUGAACUACCCAAUGAUGGGGACAUGGCAGCUAUCACAUUAUACCCAUCCCCUAAUGGUUUCUCCACAAUCACUGUCCCUAGAACAUCACAGCCCUCCACCAUUGCAGUUAAGGACCAUGAGGACAACUAA